AGAGCGGGGGUCCUGUGGUCUGCCUGGCACUGACGAUGUUACAGAUUAUCAAUGUGUGACGCCACAGCAGUCAGUCACUGUGUUGAUGAUGAGUAGACAUGUGGACAGACACAACACCGUGCCAGGAUGUCAACAUCAUCACUUACAUUUUGGUCCUUGUUGCUUUUCUGCCUCCAGCAUGAAGUCAGGAUACAUUUUUCAUCUAACCUAAGGAGAGUUUUCUUCUAGAAAUCUUUUUGAACAAAAUAAAAUCUACAAGUUUGGAAAAUGCCCUCUGAAGCUGCUUUGAUGUUUUACUGGAAACUCCAACUCUUCUCUGUUGCAGAAUGAAACAAGGCAAAGCAAGCACAUGAUAUUUGAAAAAAAAAAGGAUUUUAAUUCUUUGAUUAAGCUUUUCAGAUUGGAUGGACAGCAACACAUGACACUUUUUUUUAACACCAAGUUUCAGUUUGGUUUGGCCGACUUUCUGGUGAUUACCACCAUGUCUGAGCUGCAGACCUUCUACCAGCCCCACCACGUCAUCCGUCACCCCACAAGUCUCUACCUGGACCCCACCCUCAUACAGAGGCGUGUGCUUGAUGAUCAAGUGGAGCUGUGGUGGUUCAGAGAUCCUCGCCGCUCUCUGUUAUGUUACUGCGCCUCAGUGGCCCUUAUUCUGGGACUUGGUCUUGGCGGUGUGGGCCUCCUCUCCACCACCACCAGCCUGUCUGGGGAGUGGCGCCUUGGGGUGGGUACCACACUCUGCCUUUUGGCCCUGGCUGUUCUGCUCAAGCAGCUUCUCAGCUCGGCCAUCCAGGAUAUGAACUGUGUGCGCAGCAGGCGGCGGAUUGAGCAGAUGAAGAGCGGUGGCAGGGCGGACCCGGCACUCAUCUUAGCGGUUGGCAUGGCUUUGAUGCUCUCUGGGACCGUUCUGAUCUUUGUUGCCAUGACCGGCAGCAGAGGUCAUGAUAGGAAGGAGAUGUUGGCAUCGAGUCUGAUGCUGAUGGCUGCUGGGGCAGGCAUGGCUCUGGCUGUGGUGGGCUUCAGUGUGCUGGUCUACCUGAAAAAAAGAAGGGAGCAGAGGAGGAGGAUGAUGAUAAGGAUGAACAGAGCGAGGGGGCUGGGGGGUCGAGCGGUCAGGGUGUUCAGUGUCUCAGGAGGACAGAUGAGCCAGACGAGGAUAGACACAUCCUCUAGCAGGACCAGCCUUAUCUGA